AUGUCGUCACGACAACCUCAAUUUCUUGCCUGGACGGCUACGACGUAUCUGCUCGCGCUGAUAGCUUUCAUUCUUCGUUUCGCGGCGCGACGCUUGAAACCUCGCCCACUUGUACUGGACGAUUACCUCGCAUGCGCUGCCUUCAUAUGUGCGACUGGGUUUACGGCUGUCAAUUGGGCUAAACUAUCCCUUGGAAUUGGCAAGCGCUUCGACGACAUUCACAUCCCAAACAAACAAGACCGUGUCCACCAUGACUAUGCGCUUACGCUCUUCAUCGACUCGUGGUUCUACACCUCCGCGAUCUCGCUCUCGAAAUGCGCCAUCCUAGCGCUGUACUGGCGAUUGUUCAGUGGAAAGCCCAUAGUUCGUACGCCGGCCAGGGUCGCGAUUUUGGUGCUCAGUGUCUGCGUUCUUCUGUGGACUACGGCUCGACUUAUUGUUCUGCCUAUACAGGGUAUCCUUACUCCGAAUGCGCGCACCGGACGAUCGUCUCCAUUCGACACGAAUGUCAUCCUCUUCGCGACGUCAACGCCGCAUCUUCUGAUAGAAGUCGCGCUUCUCCUCAUACCUUUGCUUCACAUACGCAAGCUUUGGCUUCCCAUGUCAUCGAAGAUUGCCAUCCUGUUAAUGAUGUCUUCGGGUUUGAUAGUCUGCGUCGUCGCGAUCAUCCAGAUCAUCUAUGCCUACCACCUGGACACAAAAACCGACGAGAUUUGGUGGGAGUGCUCUCAGCAGCUCAUGCUAGCCGUGAUGGAAGUCAACCUCGCUCAUUUCUCAACCUCUCUACCCCUACUAGGCCCGUUCCGCGACAAGGUGAUCCGGCGCUUCAAGGGCACUCAACACAAGAUGGGAUCUCCCCUCAGUCCUCCAAAAUCUCCUCUGCUACCCUGCAACACAUCAAGUCACUGCUCUAGCCAAGCCGAUACACUACCCGGACUGCAGUGCGCGACUUCCGAUAUCAAGGAUACGAAGAUGAAGAUCCUGGUCCGUACAACCACCUACACGGUCGUCAGCCGCCAGAGCGAGACCAACCUGCGGAACGACGAACUGGCUGUACAGGCUUCGAGCGAUCCCCACGGCCGCCCAGGAGACUGUGUUGUGGGUUCAUUCGCACGAGCCAGCGCUUCACGAGUAUCUUCCCCGAUUGGCGAUCGCGUGUGA